GUUUUUUGAGCUGAUUCGCGGAGCUUUUAUUUUGAAUAUUCCCGAUCGGAUGUGACGUCACGUACGCAGCCUUAACCCAGUUAGUGAAGCUCUAACAACAUUCCCAAUGGACGAAGAAAACUGCGCUGAAAUCGCGAACGCAGGCGGCGCUCUUCCUCUGGCGUCUCUGCGGCUGCUGGUUCCUCCGCUGCACCUGAUGUCUGCCUUCAUGUGGCAGGUGCUGCAGCAGAAGAGCGUGAUGCAUUAUGGGAAGCUGGAGGAGUUUGUGUGUGUGGUGACGGAGACGCUGCCGCAGCUGCUGGAGUUCAGGCAGCGAGCGCAGCUGAUGCUGGGUCUGAGAGCCAGGGUGGUGCUGGAGCUGUGUCACGCCGCCGCGAGCCCCAGAGCCGUGCAGCUCCACCUGGACAAGAUCCAGAUCCCAGCCGCUCCGCCCGGACACACGGGUGCUGACGCUGAUCUCAGGACGUCCGUCUCUAACUUCAGAGCUCUGGUUCUGGCGCUGCUCAAGGACCCGGUGGAGAAAGCCUAUUUCUUCCAGGAGGUGUUUCCGCUGGAGUACGGCGCGCGCUUCGACACGGCGCUGAAGGAGCUGAUGUGGGAGCUGCUCUCGUCUCUGGAGAAACUACUUCCUGUUCCAGACUUUAACAAAACGCUGGCGUGGCUCAAUCCUGCCCCCGCUGGUCUGGAGGACUGUAUGCGGAGCGACCCGAGCGACCUGCGUCUCCUCCUGCAGCAGCACCAGCUCUUCACAGACGCUCACAGCUGGCAGAGAGGCAGAGUGGGCACUCUUCCUCGCUCGUCUGGAGACUGCAUCCUCUCCUCUCUGUCCGUGCCUCCGUCCGCACGCCUGGCUCUCGCUGCAGAGCCGGUCCUGUAUCAGGUCCAGCCGCCGGCGCUGGCCAUCCUGAGUCCGCUGGGCUCCGACACCAUCAUCGUCACCGACUACACGGAGGUGGAGCUCAGCAGCCAGGAGGAGUCCGAGGAGCUGAUGGAGAAGGAGGAGGUGCUCCUGGACCAGAGUCCUGCUGUUUCUGCAGAAGAAGCUGCGCCUUUCACUGACAAACCCACUCACGGCGACGCCAGCGACGGCCCGGCGACAACAACAUCCCAUAAUGAGACGCAGAAUGACCACAAUCUGCAGAACCAAGUCUUGACGGAAGAAUUCAACCAGCCUAACCCAGACGAUGAGAGAGACGGGGCUGAUGCAGGAAGUGACACGUCUCCACCACAGGAAGUCAAAACGUCCGGAUCAGACGCGGACCAGAAACCGCCGCAGAGGAGAGGCCGAGGAAGACCCAGAAAAACUAGAGAGACGACUGACCAAAAAAACGUGGUAAAAACACCACGUCGACGAGUUAAACCGGAGAACAGCGCGGAGGAACGGAGUGCCGUCACACCGCACGGAGAUCUUGCAGAUGGCUCUGCCGAGCCGCCCAGCACACCUGAAACACCUUCCACCGGCCUGUAUCGCACACGGAAAACCUGCAAAACCGAUCCGCCGGCCUCCACUGACAACCCUCGCGCUCGGCACGCGUGCGAAACCUGCGGCAGAAAGUUCACGCGCAGAUCGGACGUCCAGCGGCACCAGCUGACACACACGGGUGAGCGUCCCUUCCACUGUAGCCAGUGCCAGAAGACCUUCCAGCACGCCUGGGAUCUGACCAAACACUGCCGCAAGAUGCACGGCGAGGCCAGCUUCACCUGCCGGAUCUGCCAGAGCGCCUUCGCCAACCUGCGCCUGCUGACGGUGCACCACAAGAAGAGCCACUCCGGCGAGCUCCCGCACUACUGCUCCAUCUGCGGCGAGGCCAGCGGCUCGCUCGGGGCGCUCGUGACGCACCGCAAGACCCACAGCGCCACGCAGCAGUACCGCUGCGACCAGUGCGGCGAGGCCUUCGACACGCUGCUGCAGAGAUCCCUGCACCGCCGGAGCCACCGCAGGCGCACGCACUUCAAAUGCCCGCAGUGCGAGAAAACCUUCACGCGGCGCACCGACGUCAAGCGGCACCAGCUGAGCCACACGGGCGAGCGUCCGCAUCAGUGCUCCGUCUGCGGCAAGCGCUUCGGGCUCCGCGCCGGGCUCCAGAAGCACCUGGCCACGCACACCGGCGAGCGUCCGUUCUGCUGCCCGUACUGCUCCAAGAGCUUCACGCAGCUGUCCAUCCUGCGACGGCACGAGCGCAUGCACACGGGCGAGCGGCCCUACCUCUGCUCGCAGUGCGGGAAACGCUUCCUAUCGCUCGGGGAGCUCAUCAAACACGAUAAAACGCACGCCGACGAGCGCCCGCACUCCUGCCCGCAGUGCCACAAGAGCUUCAAGCUGAAGCGCGCUCUCCAGGAGCAUCUGCUGGCGCACAGCGGCGCGCGGCCGUUCCCCUGCGACUACUGCGGGAAGAUGUUCGCCAAGCCCUUCGCGCUGAACCGGCACCACCUGAUCCACACCGGCGAGCGGCCCUUCUCCUGCGGUCACUGCGAGCGCACCUUCCUGACCUCCAGCGAGCGGGCGCUGCACGAGCGCAUCCACACCGGCGAGCGGCCCUUCUGCUGCGCUGCGUGUCCCCGGCGCUUCCGCAGCAGCUCGGAGCUCGCCAGACACCGCCGCAGUCACUCGCAGGAGCGGCCCUACCGCUGCGCUUACUGCCCCAAAGCCUUCGCCAGCGCCGCCAAGCUCAAGAACCACACCAGGGUCCACACGGGCCAGAGCAAACCCAAACGCCCGGCCGUGACGGUGACGGAAGUGUGCGUCACUUUAGAGUAAAUGACUGUUUAGUCUUGAUCGCUGGCUUGUGACGCUUCUGUUGAUGCGACUGCACUGAUUUCAACACUAUGGAAGCCUGUUUCCGCCACUGAAUAAAAAAAAUAAAAA